AUGGAAAUUCAGAAUGCAGAUGAUGUGUUGAUUACUCCUUUGGAGAGGUUUCGGAAGGAGCAAAUCGGUGCUGCCAAGGAGGGGAAGAAGAAAUUCGACAAGGAAACAGAGAAAUACUACUCCACGCUUGAGAGACACCUCAACUUAUCAUCCAAAAAGAAGGAAGCCUAUCUGCAGGAGGCUGACACUCAGAUUGAUAAGGAGAGACAACUCUUCUAUGACGCGUCCCUUGAGUAUGUUUUCAAAAUACAAGAAGUGCAAGAAAAGAAGAAAUUUGAGUUCGUUGAGCCGCUCCUGGCCUUCCUUCAGGGCUUGUUCACAUUCUACCAUGAAGGAUAUGAGCUGGCUCACGAGUUUGAGCCAUACAAACAGCAGCUGCAGUUCAACCUACAGAAUACACGAAACAACUUUAUGAGCACUAAGCAGGAAGUGGAGAAGCUGAUGAAGAGGAUAAGGUCUGCAGAUCAGGACUAUAAACCCCCGGGCCAGUGGACGAUGGAAGGCUUCCUGUACGUCCAGGAGAAACGUCCCCUGGGAUGCACUUGGACGCGUCACUACUGCACAUACGAGAAAGGCAGCAAGACCUUCACCAUGAGCAACACUGAAACCAAGUCUGCCGGGAAACAGAAUGGUCUUGUCGUGAACCAGCCGGAGAUGUUCAAGCUCAAGUCCUGCAUUCGGAGGAAAACGGACUCAAUCGACAAGCGUUUCUGCUUCGAUAUCGAAGUGAUGGAAAGAAAUGACAUCUGUCGUGGAACUCUUUUCAGACCGCUUCAGUUUUUCUGUAAAGUCCGGCAUGGCGUGAUGACACUGCAGGCACUGUCGGAGUCCAACAGAAGAUUGUGGCUGGAGGCCAUGGAUGGCAAGGAGCCGAUUUACAACCUGCCAGCCAUAUUGAGCAAAAAGGAGGAGACAUUUCUUAAUGAGGCGGGCUUUAACUUCGUAAGGAAAUGCAUUGAACUGGUGGAGAAUAGAGGAUUAACUACAAUGGGACUGUACAGAAUCGGAGGAGUCAACUCCAAAGUACAGAAGCUGAUGACCACGGUCUUUUCAUCCAAGGCACCUGUGGAUAUGGACCUGGAUCCGGAGACGUGGGACAACAAAACUAUCACCAGCGGCCUGAAGAAUUACCUCAGGUGUCUCUCUGAGCCUCUAAUGACAUUCAAGCUCCACAAAGACUUUGUCCUGGCUGUUAAGUCAGAUGACCAGAACUACAGGGUGUGUGCUGUCCAUGCAUUGGUUCAUAAGCUGCCCGAAAGGAACAAGGAAAUGCUGGAGCUACUAAUAAAACACCUUGUCACAGUUUCCACUCAAAGCCAGUCCAACUUGAUGACGGUGUCCAACCUAGGGGUCAUAUUUGGGCCCACCCUGAUGCGGUCCCAAGAGGAAACCGUGGCCGCCAUGAUGAACAUCAAGUUUCAGAACAUUGUGAUGGAAAUACUUAUCGAGAACUUCAACAAGAUCUUCCACCAGCCUCCGGACCCCAAUGUGCCCCUGCCCCAACCCCAGAGCCGGCCUGGCUCUCGCAGGAGCAGGGCCAUUUGUCUAUCCACGGGGCCCAGGAAGCCCCGCAGCAUCUACACCCCAACACUGUGUCUGGCAGAUGCAGAAAGUCCCUGCAUAGGUGACACUCUCAGCAGCAGUGCGAGCAGCACUCCCAUGGGCAGCAUGGAGUCUUUGUCCUCCCACUCGUCCGAGCAGAACAGCUCCUCCAAAACCGCGUCCUGUUCCCAGGCCAAGGACAAGUCGCUGCCGGACCUCCGCCGCUCGCCGUCCCAGCUCUCAAACGGCCCCAGGAGCGCUGUGUGUGUCAGCAGCCCCGAGUCCAGCUCCAGGGAGGACGCCGGGCGUACAGACGGAGAGUCCGAGGACGCCGUCAGCCUGUCCUCAGUCAGCACCGUGCCCUGGCUGUCCCCCGCCCCCAAAAAAGCCCCGCACUGCCGCAUCGACCUCAGGCCGGCCCUGCUGAACCGCUCAGCUGCUCCCUCUCUGAAAUCACUGCAUAUAUCUGAAGGCCACAGGAGCUGCUCUGGAUCUGUCCAAAGUCUGUCCAGACUGGAUCCCAGUGAGAGUUUAAAGCCUGCCAAGCAGCCAGACCUUCCACCCAAACAAGUGCUGCGCUGCAGGAUGGACGCCUCCGUCAGCAACGGCUACCAAAGACCAGGCUCAGUGGUCGCUGCCAGAGCACUGCUUUUUGAAAAUGCCUCUUCCCCACAAUCUGUUCCAGUCGGAAGAGACGCCAAAGCGAUGUAUUCCUGCGAGGCAGAGCACAGUCACGAGCUCAGCUUCCCCCAGGGGGCGCACUUCUCAAACGUCUACCCGUCUGUUGAACCAGGCUGGCUCCAAGCAACAUACGAGGGGAAAAAAGGUUUAAUCCCUGAGAAUUAUGUUGUCUUCCUCUAACAAGAUUUUAAACAUUGCAUCUUUUUCAUGGCAUCCAUGAAAAAAAGAAAUUAUAAUACACAAUGUGGCUGAUUGUUGUAAUGUUUGUGUUUUUGCUGGUAAGUGAAAUUUGUCUUAGCAGAUGCUUUAAAGGUCCCAUGACAUGGUGCUCUUUGAAUGCUUUUAUAUAGUCCUUAGUGGUCCCCUAAUACUGUAUC